AAAAAAAGCGCCAUACUUGGACCAAAACAUAAUAAAUUAACGGUGCAACCCUUAAAAUAAAAGGGUGUUAUAUUUGCUUUCUCUCAAUUCGCCUAGAAACUUCCGAUCCCAAUUCUCUCUUCAAUCUUUGCUCCUUUUCUCCUUUAUUUUUCUCCACUGGUGGUUUUGUUGACUAUAUUAAAAACAAAUACGUAAGUCUCGUCCUUUUCUUCAAAUAUGUAGAGAUUGCCGCUAUGAUUUGUUCUUUUAGUUACAUUUCGGAGUGUUGAUUGUUGAUUUUUCUUCUAUCGUAAGCAAUUUGGUGUGUUGAAUUAUUGUUAUUCCGUUCUGAAACCCUAGGUUGCUAGUUUUUAGAGUUUAGAGAAUUGAGUUGUAUGAAUUUUUCAAUAUAAAUUUGAAAAUAUACAUUUUGUUUUCCAAGAAGAUCUCAGCUCUCUUUCAGUCUUCAAAUUUAGAAUUCGAUUUUAGUUUUCUACUUAGAUUUACUUAGAUUUUAGUUUUCUGCUUUGAUUAACUUCGAAAUUUAGAAUCGAAGCUUUAUGUUCAAAUUUUAAGCCUCGCUCAGGUAAUCUCUUCAAUUUACUUCAUGUUUUCGCAUAGGUAUUGUUCAAUUCGUAUUUUAAAGCGCUGUUGGUCUUUUAUUCAUCUUGCAUGUUCAAUUUUCUGUGUUGAUUUGGGUAUAACUGAAAAAUAUCCCAGUUCUCUUCUUCACAGGUUAGAGUCUCUCUCUAAUUUGCUUUCUUCUUCACAGGAAGCUUAUGGAGCACCGGAUGAUGCAAAGUACAUGAUAAUUAUGCUCGCAAGAUUGAAGACAGUUGUUGCGGUUGGAAACAUAUGCAAGAGUCAACUGAAAAUUGGCUUUCCUUUGCACAGAGGAAUGUGUUUUAAUGCAUUGCGAUUGUGGUGAAUGGCUCUUGCAUACCGUACAAGAAGCUUUCAAUGGAAAAUAGGAAAAGUUAUGGAUGAUCCACAGGCCUUUCUAAAGCUUUCACUCAGUUAUACACAAACUGUUGAGCAAUACUAAUCACUCUCAAAUCUGCACCUUCACCAUUGUGCGUAGCAUUUGAAAAAAAAAAAAACUCGCUGAAAUCUAUUGAGGAAGUUAAAUAA